CGAUGUGUAACCUUUUUUCCCAAUAUAUAUAAUUUUUUUCAAUUAUCAUCUUGUAAAUCCACUGAAGAUGGAGAGUAGAACAAUUAAUAUUGAAUCUGUCGAUUCUACAAUACCACUGGUUUUCGUGAAUGUUAAAGAAAAUCAUGAAGUUUUUGUAGUACCUUCGGAUUAUCCAUAUAAACAUAACAAAAUCAACUCUCCAGAAAACUCCUCAACACGGAAAUCAGUCCCUAACAUAGAAUACACCGUUCUUCCAAAAUUAGUCAAGACUCCAAGGAGAACAUUGGUGGCAUAUAGCCCACCAAGAGACGAACAGGCAGAAAAGCCAUAUAAAGUUCCAUUUGAGGAAUUAUUCGGAGAUGAUGUUAGGUCAUUUUUGGAAAAUAACAAUCCGGAAGCCGACACACAUAACAACUACUACAAUGCCCAGCUAAUUUCCGAGAAAUUCGUCAAGGAAAUUAAGAAGAAUAGAAGACAUUAUAUUUUCUCAAAGCAAUGGAAGAGGAACGCUUUAAACAAAUACUUAAUAGACCACUUUGUAGACAACUAUUCCAAUAAAUUAAAGAAUAUAAAUCAGAAUUUCGUGUCAAAAAUUUUGAAAAAUCAGGAGUAUUCUGAGCUUUUAGACCUAAAAACGCCUAAUAAACCAAAGAAACAUAAAUCCCGAAAUGAUGAAAAUAUUAAGGACUGGAGAAGAUUUAAUCCUUCAUAUUUCAAACCAUUGAACGAUUUACUCAAUGAUUAUCAUGAUUAUCUAUACAAAAAACAGGAAAAAAAUCGUAAAACUAAGCAUAUGGCUUCAUCAGUUUCAAGAUACUUUUUCGAGAUUCUAGCUGAAGCUAAGGAAUGUGAGAGGAAAAUGUAUGAGUGUGAACUUAUUGCAGAGGAAAAUACCUACGGUAGGCGUGAUUUUAUAUCAGAAUUUCAUCGGGAGACUAACAUGCUCAAGAAACGCUGGAGAAAAUUAUAUACAGUAUCAUUAGCAUGUUUGAGAAGGUCAAUGGAUCCGAACAAAAGAGUAGUGAGAGGAAUGAGCAUGACACCAAGCAGACCUAACCCUAUCCAUAGAACUAGAUCAAGUGAAAAUGUCAGGGUUCAAUCGCCCUCCCCAGAAAAUGAAAUGGCUGAAAAUAAUCAACAUUUGGAUAUGUACCUAAAUAAUCGUAACGAAAAUACAACACCCAUGGUCCCUAUGAUGCAAGGUCAAUCCCAAAACUAUGAAAAUUUAAACUAUAACUAUACAGAUGACUACAAUAACCAGGAUUACAACUCUUCUAGGGAAACCACAAUCCCAUUUGGAGUUUCAGUGUCAAAUAAUUCCAACGCCAAGGAAGCCAGUUCCACACAAAUUAAUAUAGAACAACUGUCAGAGGACGAAGACAGAAAUUUGGAUUCAAAAACAAGAUGUAAUGCACCCAACACCAAUUCAACUAACGGUAAUCAAGUCGACCAAUCGACUUUGACACCCUCAGUAACUUUGAACUAUAAUCAGAAUGAUACGGGGGAUUUGAUUCAACGAGAUAACGCUCCUACAUCUACACCAAGCAGGAUACGCGAUCCUACAUCUUCCGUUAACUCAAUAGCAUCAUAUAACGAGUUCGAACAUAACGAGAAUUACUCAAACAGAGUACCGUCUGGUGGAGUUAACAAAUGGAUAUACAGCAAGAUGGAGGAAAGAGGAGAAAUGGAAGGAUACCACUUGGUCUUACAUGAGCUCGGAAUGUUAAUGUUUUCAGGUGGGACACCAGUCUUAGGCUUUACUAGUGUGCCCCACCAACUGGAAUGGCUGGACGAAACUGAGUCGAACCGUGUAAUAGUCCCUCCGAGCCAGGACAGUUUCAGGGAUGGAACUCUCUACACAACAUGCUGCUACUCUGAAAUUAAGCUAAUGAAAGUUCUUCAAAGCUCCCUGUACAUGCUAAGGACCUCAAAGAAUAAGAAUAAGGACUUCCUGGCCUUUGUUCUUGAGCAGAUCCUUGAAGCAAACUCUGAACUGUUUGAGCUAAAGAAGAAACUAGAUAACGGCAGAUCAGCACUUUACAAAAAACUUAAGCUUCACUGGGCAGAAAGGAACUCUAAAUGGGGAGGAUUUCCUCCUUUGAAGAGGGGAUACCGUUUACUAAACAUGUUAGGUAAGGGAGGUUUCGCUGAGGUCUGGGAGGUUUUUGAUCCCAUCACUCUCACAGUCCAAGCUGCUAAAUUGCACAUUUUAUCACAUGAUAUGGAUGCACAUGAGAGGGGAAAUGUAGUAAUGAGAGUUAAGAACGAGAUUGAUAUACACAAGAACUGCAGAACACAUCCGAACAUAGUUAAUAUGAAAGCUUGUUUUGAAAUGGGAGAUAACAUGCUGGCUACUAUUUUAGAGCUGUGUGACGAUGGGGAUCUUGAUCGGUACAUAAAACUUCACGGCCCUGUGCCUGAGAAACUUGCAAUAACAUGGACAUAUCAAAUACUACAGGGGUUAUAUUUCAUGAAGACACUUCCUGAAGGACGAGUUCAUCACUGUGACCUUAAACCUGGAAACAUCCUGAACCAUAGGGGAAACAUUAAGUUGGCUGAUUUCGGACUUUCAAAGGUUGUGAGACCAGAUGAAAAUGAAGUAUAUUGGGGUGGAGGAGGGACUAUUUGGUACCAGCCUCCUGAAUGCCUGUUAGCUAACACAAGACCAAAUGUGAAAGUACCACUAACAGACAAGAUUGACAUAUGGGCAGUUGGUUGCAUCCUUUAUGAAAUGUUAUUCAACAGUCGACCGUUUGGGAAAUUCUGUAACAAAAGCUCUCUAUCAGACCGAUUGUACAAGGAGGCGAAAUCAGGGGUUAAGUUCCCUCAAACAUAUAAAGUGUCGGAAGAUUGCAAGAAACUCAUCCAAAGCUUCCUCGCAGUAGAGCCAAAUGAUAGGCCUUCAAUAGAGGAGGCCCUUAACUGCCCAAUUUUCUACUUUGAAUAAUUUAAAU